UCGGGGCGGCGACAGGUGGGGCUUCCGCGGGCCGCGGCGAGGGCUCUGCCUUGUGCGUGGAGCCUCAGCUUCGGCUCCGGCCCGGGGAGGCGGCUUCGGCAGGGCAGGCGGGCUCCACCCCCCGGGCCGGCCGCGUGCCCGCGCCUCCCAAUUCCCAGAACCAGGGUGGGGGCUCGAAGGGGUGGUGGCAGCAGCUCCGCUUCCAGCUGGGCGUCUGGGCGCGGGGCCAGGACGGGCGGAGAGCGGCGGCGGCGCUGGGCGGCGGAUCGCGCGUAGGGCGGUGGCCUGGACCGGCCGAGCCAUGGCGGCCCCGGAGCUGGUGCCGAGGCGGGGCCGGGAGCGGGAACGAGAAGACGAGAGUGAGGACGAGAGCGAUAUUCUGGAAGAGAGCCCGUGCGGCCGCUGGCAGAAGCGGCGGGAGCAGGUGAAUCAGGGAAACAUGCCGGGGGUCCAGAGCACGUUCCUGGCCAUGGACACUGAGGAGGGGGUGGAGGUGGUGUGGAACGAGCUGCACUUCGCUGACAGGAAGGCCUUCUUGGUCCACGAGGAGAAGAUCCAGACCAUGUUUGAGCAGCUGGCGCUGGUAGACCACCCCAAUAUCGUCAAGCUGCACAAGUACUGGCUGGAUGCCUCAGAGUCCCGAGCGCGGGUCAUCUUCAUCACAGAGUACGUGUCGUCAGGUAGCCUCAAGCAAUUCCUGAAAAAGACCAAGAAGAACCACAAGGCCAUGAAUGCCAGGGCCUGGAAGCGCUGGUGCACACAGAUCCUGUCUGCACUCAGCUUCCUGCACGCCUGCAGCCCCCCCAUCAUCCACGGGAACCUGACCAGUGACACCAUCUUCAUCCAGCACAACGGCCUCAUCAAGAUUGGCUCCGUGUGGCACCGGAUCUUCUCCAAUGCGCUCCCCGAUGAUCUUCGAAGUCCCAUCCGUGUUGAGCGGGAGGAACCUCGGAACCUGCACUUCUUCCCGCCAGAGUAUGGAGAGGUUGCUGAUGGCACUGCUGUGGACAUCUUCUCCUUUGGGAUGUGCGCACUAGAGAUGGCUGUCCUGGAAAUCCAGGCCAAUGGGGACACCCGGGUCACAGAGGAGGCCAUCACUCGUGCCAGGCACUCGCUGAGUGACCCCAACAUGCGGGAGUUCAUCCUCUCCUGCCUGGCCCGGGACCCUGCCCGCCGGCCCUCUGCCCACAGCCUCCUCUUCCACCGCGUGCUGUUCGAGGUGCACUCGCUGAAGCUUCUGGCUGCCCACUGCUUCAUCCAGCACCAGUACCUCAUGCCUGAGAAUGUGGUGGAGGAAAAGACCAAGGCGAUGGACCCGCACGCGGUCCUGGCGGAGAUCCCCCGGACCCCCCGGCCCCCACUACAGUGGCGGUACUCAGAAGUCUCCUGCUUAGAGCUCGACAAGUUCCUGGAGGACGUCAGGAAUGGGAUCUACCCGCUGAUGAACUUUGCUGCUGCCCGGCCCCUGGGGCUGCCCCGUGUGCUGGCCCCGCCCCCCGAGGAAGCCCCGAAGGCCAAGACCCCGACACCAGAGCCUUUUGACUCAGAGACCAGAAAGGUGAUCCAGAUGCAGUGUAACCUGGAGAGGAGCGAGGACCAGGCGCGCUGGCACGUGAGCUUGGCGGGGGGGGGGGGGGGGGGGGGCCUGCCGCUGGCAGAGACACCGGGUGCGGGAGAAGAGGGACAGGGCCGACCGCGAGCCCACCACACCCUCCUGCCUCCGCCUCCUCAGCUCACUCUGCUCCUGGUGCUGGAGGACCGGCUGCAUCGGCAGCUCACCUACGACCUGCUCCCAACCGACAGUGCCCAAGACCUGGCUGCUGAGCUGGUACACUAUGGCUUCGUCCACGAGGUGAGGUGUGCGGGCCAGGUGUGGCCAGCCUGGGAGGGCGGCAGGGUGGGCCUCGCCCCUCCGUCCCCCAUGCCUCCCUCCCAUCCUGCAGGACGAUCGGCUGAAGCUGGCUGCCUUCCUGGACAGCACCUUCCUCAAGUACCGUGGAGCUCAGCCGUGACCUUGAUCCUCGCACCCCAGGGCCCCAAGCCCCCUGGAAGCCGACCUCCUGGCUCCCUGGGGAAGCUUGGCAUUGGCCCCUGCAGUUGGGUGGGGAACCAGGGUCUCUGUCUGCCUUUGUGCCUGCUAGUGAGAACCUCCCCUCGCAUAGCUCCCCGCAGCCCUGGGGUGGGGCUGAGGGUGGCGGGGUCGGGCCCACCGGGGUGAGGGAGCCGGCGCUGGGGGACAGGUUAGCUGCUGCGUGUCCUUAGGAGCAGGAUGCCCCGUGCAGCCAGCUUCCACAAUUUCCUGGCUGUGUGGUCAUGAAGGGGCUGCCCCACAGGGAACCAUGCAUAGUGCUGGGGGCUGAGGGGUGGGGGUCAGCCCUGGACAGCUGUGCGCCCAGGGAAACACUCCAUUGCAAGUUGGUGCCACUGACCCACACGAGGAACCACCACCUUAAACUGAUGGUAAAGCACCUGCAGCUGUCGGGCACCAUGCUAGGCGAGGGGCGGGGUCAUGACCUGGAAGCUCCUGUGGCUCUUGCCCCCACCCCCCAUCCAGGGCAGACCCACUUCCGAGCCCCUCUCUGGCUCCUGCAACCCCCACAAAGGGCUGUUCUCUGUCCAAGUUCCCUGGCUGGAGUGGUCCGUGUGGGAUGCCCUCCCUGCUCCUCCCCAGCUCCCCCCAACUCGUGCUACCUCCCUGGGUCCUGGGGAUAUCAGCGCCCCUUCCAUUUGCAAAUGUAGUUAAUCACUCUUGAACAUUUAAAACCGCAUGUAUAAAUUUAGCCCGUUCAGGUUUCUAAGUGUUUGAAAUGUCAAACAAGAAAAGCCUACCACUGUAUUAGUUUUCUGUUGUUGCUGUAGGUCUUUACCACAAACUCAGUGGCUUAAACCAACACAUUAGUUCUGUGGUCAGAAAUCUGGCGCAGAUCCCAUCAGACUAACAUCAAGGUGUUGUCACUCCUUUCUGGAGGUUCUUGGGGAGAAACCAUUUCCUACUCCUUCAGGUUGUCAGCCUGCAGGUGUCAGGAGCACAUGGGGCACUGGGCAGGAAUUCAGUUCCUUGCAGCGAUGGGGCCAAGGUUCCCAUUCCCAUGCCUGCUUAAACUGAAGGCCAUUCUCAGCUUCUGGAGGCUGCCAGAUCCCUUGGCUCAUGGCCUCUUCCUCCAUCUUCAAAGCCAGAAACAUCGCAUUGAAUCUUUCUCCUGAACUGUGUGUCUGGUUUUCUGCAGCCAGGAAAGCUUCAUGUGGUUAGGUUGGGUCCACUUGGAUAAUCCGGGAUAAUCUCCCAUCUCAUGGUCCUUAAUCUUAAUCAUAUGUGCAAAAUACUUUUCACCAAGUAAAGUAAUAUUCCCAGGUUCUGGCGGUUAGGACACGGACAUCUUUGUCAUCCCACCUGCCACGUCACCCCAACCAAAACCCCAAACCAACACCCCUUACCAAGACAAGUCAGAUACAUUCCAUGUACAAAUAUGGUGAAUCUCAAGUUAUUUUAAAUGUUCCAGUACUCUACAAAAUUAUUCAAGUUCUUAGAUCUUUCAGUUUAAAGUUACGAUUUAAAAUAACUUACACAGCUACUUGUGCCAAGCUGUCUGAUUUUGCAUCGUCUGAAACAGUUGGGAGUGUCCAAUGCAUAACAGAUUGUGCCAGAGAUUAAACUGAACUCAAAAGGAUCAGUACUAGCACUGCUUCAUUUAAUGUCUGUUGAGGUUUUCAUUUUAACUUUUAUCUCUUCAAAGUGACAAACGUAUUAUUUUAAAAAUGGAAUUUUUUAGGCCAAUAAUAAAUAACUAAUAAAUACAA